GCUCUUCCAAGACCACGUGCUUGUUCCCUCUUGACAGUGUUGCUUUGCCUGUGACUCCUCCGUACAUACGCUCCUUAGACAUCUUCUAGAAGCAUCGGGCUUUGCAGGCACCGGCUACUUUCGUUGAGUGCUUACAGACGCGCGCCGAGGCUGAGAUUCUUAGCACUUGCCCAAGAGCACAGCUACAGCUCAGCUUUCAAAUCGUUAGGCACACUACGACUCUGGCAAACGCUCGGUGAACCUCUUUUCAAGAACUUGCCGAAUACGCAGCUUUCUGAACGUGACCCGCCUCCACGGAAACCGGCACCUUCAGACGAUCACACACACAACUUGAGCGUUGCGCCUGCUCUCCAAGGCUGCCACCUGGGCGCAAACCUCACACCCACCAUGGCGAACACAUACAUUCGCCGGAAGGACACCACAAAGGGGCCGCCCCUGCGCAUUCUGUCACUCGAUGGCGGAGGCGUGCGGGGGUACUCGAUGCUCAUCAUCCUCCAGGAACUAAUGCACAGGACAUUUGUCGAGACCGAGGGGAGGGCACCCAAGCGACAUGAAAUACCGAAACCAUGCGAGCACUUCGACCUGAUUGCGGGGACAGGCACCGGCGGACUGAUUGCGAUCAUGCUGGGGCGGCUGAGGAUGGACGUGGAGACGUGCAAGGACGUCUACGUGCGCAUGACCAGGAAAGUCUUCGAGACAGACAAGACGUUCGCCGGUAUUCCCUACCGGUCCACCCUGUUCAAGGCAUCGAAGCUGGAGGAAGCCAUCAUGGAGUGCGUGCGCGAACACACCAUCUACGACGACGAAGGCAACGACAACCACGAUGGCGCAUCCUCAGCAGACCUCAGCACGCCAAUGACGCCUGGCAGCGCGAUGCCGCAUGGCCGCGUGAACCGGAGCGCCAGCAGCGCCAGCAGCAGGUACAGUCAGAUUGGCACGACGCCUGUCAAUAUGCGCAUAGCCGCCAUGAAAUGGGGCAAUCCACAUGCGCUGCUGUAUGACAAUCGCGAGGAGCGCACAAAGACCGCUAUAACCGCCGUCUACAAAGGCACGAAGAAGUCUGGCACCGGCCAGAUCUGGCUGCGAUCCUACGACUCGCGCAAAGAACCCGCUGUAGCUCCGAAUGCGACCAUCUGGCAAGCUGGGCGAGCCACAGCCGCGACCGCCCUCGCCUUCAAACCAAUCCAGAUUGGCCAAGCAGUCUUCCUGGACGAAGGCACCGGCAAGUACAACCCAGCGCCUAUGGUGCUCGAUGAGGCUGUCUGCAACGAAUGGCCUGGACGUGAGAUUGGUGUCUUCGUCAGUAUUGGUACUGGAAAGCGACCUGACGGGACCAACAGUCAAGAGCAUCUGUGGUGGGAGGGCUUCGUCUCUGGCGGCAUUGGCGAUUUCGCUGAUGCACGACGCAAGCUCAUUGCAAAGAUCGAAGGCUGCGAAAAGACACACAAAGAGAUGAAGGACCACCUUGCAAAGCGGCAAGUAAACCAGGAGAACUACUACCGACUCAACGUCAACGUGGGUGUGGGCGAGUUUGGUAUGAACGAGUGGAACGCGCUGUCGGAGAUCAGCACGAACACUCGCAUGUACUUGGCCGAGAAGGACGUCCAGAGUAUGUCCCUUGACGCUGCAGCGAAGAUUGCUCGAAUCCACCGCGCCAAGUUGCGUUGGGAGCGCGCCGAAAAGGGCGGAAUGUCACUGCCAGCAGCUUCCCCACCACCCAACAAGCCGCUCCCGACUAUUCCAGAUCCAAUCGGUUUUGCAGUCGAACUCCCCGCAGGAGAGCUUACGCCCGAGUACAUGGCAUCCAUGCAGCAAUCCGACCUUCGACCUGCCCCAUUACAUCCUCACCGACCGCAGCACUCUGACAACGACAAGUAUCUCGCGGUAUCCUCCGAUGAGUUUCCACAACCUGUACAGAGCAUCAACGAUAUGCCACCACGCCAUUCGGGCGAGCUAGUAUCGCCAGGCCGCACAUCAGAAGAUCAAUUCUCAACAGACCGCCCUGUGUCAUGGGCGAACUCACCACGUAUGAGUUUCGAGCCACCGCCCAGACCACCGAAGACGCCUCUGAACGAUGGCAAGAUCCCUCCUCCGCUCUCCGGACAUCCAGCGUUCCGGAUCUCAAACUCGCCUACUUCACCUGUACACAGAACCUCACCCCCUCCUGGUACAGGGUUCGCGCGUCCACCACCGGGUGCGCCGUUACCGUACCCCGACGACGACGGGCCACCGCCGGCUGUUAACAAGGCGAGCAAGCCGGACUAUAUGCGAUGAUCAGGUCAUGUCAGCAUUUUGCAUUGUGGUAACGACGAUAACGACUUUGGCAUUUAUGUAUUCUUGAUGCGGAUUUGGCAUGUUGGAUAGCGAGAUUGAUCACGUAGCCUUUUGUACUUUAGAUACCCUUCGGAAUUUAUACGAACAAACUCUCUGC